AUGGCACAAUCGGUGCGUAGUAUCGGUUAUCUGCAGAAGCCAGACAGAAAACUGAAACUAAAUUUGGUCCACAAUAUUGCCUUCCCCACAAGAGAGGAGUGAAAAAGGGACGAAGUAGACAGGAAUGAAGGAAUUAGCAUCUACACGGAUGGAUUCAAACUAUAUAAUCGAGUGGGAAGUGGUGUCUUUUGCGCAACAUUAGACACCAACAUCGCCUUCCGUUUACCAAACCACUGCAGUGUCUUCCAGGCGGAGAUCACAGCAAUUAAAGAAAGCCUUGUGGUAUUGACAAAAAGUGUGCUCACAACAAGGAGCACAUAUAUAUAUACGGAUAGCCAAGCGGCCUUGAAAUCACUCAAGUCUCCAAUGGUCUCAUCCAAGCUAGUGAAAGAAUGUCUUGACCUAUUAGAGGAUCUGACAUCCUACUUCACAAUAAACCUGCAAUGGGUUCCAGGACAUAGUGAUAUCCCUGGUAACUGCGACGCAGAUGAACUAGCUAGAACAGGCACUACUUUGGAACUAACCCCUGUAAAAGAGGGUAUGUUUUUGCUUAUGGCAACUUGCAAACACUUAAUCGGCGAACAUGCUAUAAAUACGGCAGAGUCUCGAUGGAGAAUAUCAAUAGCCUGCUCAACCAGCAGACUAGUGAAUGUCAGCAUUAAAUGUCAAUUGAGCACAUGUGAAUUCUUCAAAACCCAGGUAGAAUUCUUAGGCUUCGUCAUCAGCGACAAAGGCAUUAAAACAAAUUCGAACAAAGUUCUAGCCAUAGCCAAAAUAUCCUCAACCAAAGUCAUUAAAGAACUACGGGCGUUUCUCGACCUAGCCAGUUAUUAUUGGCGUUUCAAUAAAGACUUUGCUAAGAUGGCAAAACCACUUAGCUCACUUUUAGGAGGGGAAGAUGGACGUGUUUCCAAACGGGUAUCAGCAAAAGAAUUUGACAAACUGAAAUUUGCCCUAGUGUCCGAGAAAGUAAUACUACAUCGGGGUAUUGUAUAA